UUUGGCAACAGGUAUAUCGAUCGGCUGUCUGCUCUGCUUAUGAGCAACGACGUGAUUAUCGAUGGCCUUGCGUAAUUUUGUAAAUAGUGUGUUUCGUGAAGGAAAUGCUUGAUAAGGGAAGUAGUGAGCCAAAAUGAGUGUUAGAACAGCUGAAAUGAACGGGUGUGUAGAAUUAAAAAUGUCUCGUGCAUCAGAAGACUCUGGAAAACGAAAAAUCAUUCGAGUCUGGUGUGAUGGAUGCUAUGACAUGGUUCAUUUUGGUCAUGCAAAUCAGCUACGUCAGGCUAAAGCAAUGGGAGAUUAUUUGAUAGUUGGUGUUCAUACUGAUGAAGAGAUAACAAAGCACAAAGGUCCUCCAGUAUUUACAGAACAGGAACGUUAUAAAAUGGUUCGAGCUGUCAAAUGGGUUGAUGAAGUGGUAGAAGCUGCACCUUACAUUACAACCAUUGAAACUCUGGAUAAGUACAAUUGUGACUUUUGUGUUCAUGCAGAUGAUAUUACGUUGGAUGCUGAUGGCCAAGACACAUAUCGUUAUGUCAAAGCUGCUGGUAGAUACAAGGAAUGCAAGAGAACUGCUGGAGUUUCUACAACUGAUCUUGUUGGACGGAUGCUUUUACUUACCAAACAGCAUCAUAACAGAGGAGAAAGAGAGUAUGGCAUUGAUAAAGAACAAGCUGGCAACAUAAGCAGAGACUCUAGUACUCAUAGUCCUUGGACUGGUAUAUCACAGUUUCUUCCAACUACUCAAAAAAUCAUUCAGUUUUCUGAAGGAAAAGAGCCUAAACCUGGAGAUCGUAUUGUCUAUGUUGCUGGUGCCUUUGACUUAUUUCAUGUAGGACAUAUAGACUUUUUAGAAAAAGCAAAAGCAGAAGGAGAUUAUGUUAUUGUUGGUUUGCAUACUGAUCCGAUUGUUAAUCGAUACAAAGGCAGUAACUACCCAAUUAUGAAUCUUCAUGAGAGAGUACUGAGUGUUCUUGCAUGCAAAUAUGUGAAUGAAGUUGUGAUAGGAGCUCCAUAUGCUGUUACAAAAGAUCUCAUGGAACAUUUUAAGGUAGAUUUAGUGUGCCAUGGUCAAACGCCUGUGAUGCCUGAUGAUAGUGGAGCUGAUCCUUAUGAAGAACCAAAAAGGCAGGGUAAAUUCAAGCAAUUAGAUAGCUUCAAUGAUGUUACAACUCAAAAAAUUGUUGAACGAAUUAUACAGCAGAGGUUAGAAUAUGAGAAGCGAAAUCGUCUGAAAGAAGCUAAAGAAAUUGCUAUGUUGGAUGCACUGCGGAAAGCAUGAUAUCAGUGAGUGGAUAUUCUAUCAUCACUGGAAUGCAUCCUGGCUGUUACACUGAUUAUCACGUUUUAUUCAGAAUGUUCUAGGAGUUAUUUCUAGAAUCUUGAAACUUUUUCAAAUUAUGAUAAAUAGGAAAUAUAUCAUGUAGUUUUAUAAAAUUUUACUACUUAACAAUUAACCACACAUAUUUUAAUAUAAUUUAUAGAGCACAUAUGUAAGUUUUUAAAACUUAUUUAUUGUAAAUAUGAAAAAAAAUUAUAUUUAAAUAAUACAUGUGAUCAGUUACUUUUCUGUAAUGGUAACAAAUUAAGGCAUGGUUGUUACUUGUAAAUCAAGAAGCUUGUAAUUGCACAAUUACACAACAAAAUUAAAUAAGCAUUAACCUUUUCAGAGGUGCAAGUUAAAACAUGAAUAUUUAUGUUUCAAGUAUAAUUAUGUAAUUUGUUUCAGAGAAUAGUUUUGUCACUAAGCAGUUAUUUAUAAGCAUAGAGUUUAUAGAUUAUAGAUGAAAUUAAAACAAAUUAUAUUCUGUGAUUUGGUUUAUUUAAUGCAUUUUUAAGCUUUUCGUGCAGGAAAAAAUGAAAUGCAUUAAGGAGAAAAAGAGUAUAAUCAAAAUUAUGUGUCUCUAAAAAAGUAAACAAUUACAUUAAAAAAAAUCUUUAAAAAUUUGACAAACUAACUGUCAAAGAAAAAUAAUUCAUAGUUAAAGUCUCAAAGAUUGCACUAUGUACACAAAACGUUGGUGUGUUGAACUGGUAUGCACUUGAGCUUCUUGAUUUAAUAAAUGCUCCAAAUUUUGCUAACAUAUUGCAUAACAUUUAUGUAAAUUUAUAAUUAAAAGUUAUGUGCUGCUAUAAAAUUUAAAGAAUUAAACUUUUUUAUUCCUAUUUUUGAUCUUGGUUGUUGUUGCUGUGGCAAGCUUUUAAUCAAUUUAAUUUAUAUUAUCUUAUGAAUAUAUUAUUAUACAUAUAUAUAUUAAACAUAGUUCAGUUUUUAUAACAUUUUUAAGUAUUUAUGAUUUUUUUAUUUAUUUAUUUGCAGAGAUUAUAAAUUUAUUUUAUUACAUACAAAUUUUUACAGUUCUUAAGAAAUAAGAAUCUUUAACAUAUUAGAAGUCAAUUAAUAUAGUCAUAUUAGAAAAUCUAUUAAUCUGCUAUUAAUAUUGCAAAAUAUUAUUUUAUGUUAUUUAAAAUAAAAUUUUCUUUUUCUUAUUAAUAUAAAAGUUGAUUGGGUGAUUUGAUGCAAGAUAUGUGCUAUAAGCAACUUGCUUUAUCUGCAUUUCCGAAACACUCAGUAUUACAUGUUUGGCGUAUGUGCCAAAGCAAAAUAUUUGAUAAUGAAAUUAUAGCAAAAUCAUAGAUUUAGACAUUUAUGUCAAAUUUAAAAUGGUAUAGUGUAUUCUGUAUAUGUAAGUAGAGCUGAAAAAAAAAGAGCAUAAUCAUAAUAUGAAAAGUAAUUAUAAAAUAGUAAAAUUUCUUAUGCAGUAUUUUAAAAACAUGCAGAAACCUUCAUCAGAAACUUGAAUAAUUCUCACUUCUUAUUCAGGAUUCAAAAAUAAUUUUUAAAAGUUUAAUAAUUAACAAAUACUAAGUUUCAUAUUAUAAACAGUAUAGUUCUGUAGACUGUUAUUGCAUUAUUCCUUGCGAAGAAAUUUAUUGAAAAUAGUAAUUAUAAAUUUAAGCUAUUUAGGAACCUUUGUUUUGUAAAGCUAAUCAAAAUUAUAGAAGUAUUCUGUCUUAUGGGUGGGGAAAAAAUUGAGUGAUGAUUUCAUUUCACUUCUCCAUUGUUUAAAAAAUAAUAGUUUACACAAUUGAAAUUAUGCUUGAGUAUAUUUGCAUGUUUUCUACAUGCAUAUUCAGUGAAUAGUUAUUUUUUUAUUCUUUCUUUUCCUUUAAUAAAUAGCUUCAAAGUAGUUAUAUGUACCUUCGAACUGCCUUAACAAUUUUUGAAAUUAAAAAAUAUUAAGGUAGUGUACAAAUAUAAAAUAUGCUCAAAAGUAGGGGUUGGAUCAUAAAAGCGACCUUAGCUCAUAUUUGUUUAUAUUGUUUACAUGAUAUCAUUACUGUAUAGCUUUAUAUCUGUUAUAUAAUUUUACUGCUAUAUUCUUUGCUUCUGCAUUAUUAAGAAUGCGGUUUUAAUAUGUGAUUAUAUUUUAUGCCAAUGUAACAAAUGUACUAGUCAUUGAAAAUUUUAGUUAUUUCAUGAUAUGUUUGUACUUAAUUUGUGGAACAAAUCAUUAUAUUCAUUAUAUUUUUAUAUAUAAAUUAUUUAGAAAGAAUCAUUUUUAUUAGAAAUCUGUUUAAUGUUUUUAAUCUUGUCUAAAAAGAAAAAAUUCAGUACAUGUCAUACAAUGAAUUUUAAUGAAUUUCACUGCAUGAAUAUGUUGCAUUGUCUUUUUUGUUAAACUUCUGAGAAAAUUUUUUGCUUGUAUAUUGAUUUAUUUAUUUUUCUUUUUCUGAGAUUUGCUUUUCCUUGAUUAUAUAUUUUAUAAUGUUAUCAUUAAUUGUAAUAUGUCUAAUAUAAUUUUCAUUUAGGAGUGAAAUAUGAAAAAUAAUAUUUCAGGUUGCAUUUGUAAAUAUGUGAUAAUAUUUAAAAUGUCAGGACUGAAACCCAUGCAUGGCAUUUCAUUUGCCUUCAAGCUGUCUGUACCUAUACUGCACUUAUGAUUGAUCUGUGUUACUCAGAGAUAGUCAUGGGUAAAAAAAAAAAAAAAAAAAAAAAAAAAAAAAACUUCAUUAAGUUUAUUGUUGAACUCCUACAUUGGAUUUUUGUCUGUUUCAGUCCAUUAAUAUGUGGUAAUAUAUAGUACUUUUUUAUCUUUUGAGAAAAAAGAAAAAAAAAAAAGAAUUAUAAUAGAACUGUAAUUAUGAUAAGGCUUUUUCUUACAUUAUGUUGUCAGUGCCUGUAUUGCAUUUAUUAUUAAAGAACUACUAUUCAAAAAUGAAAAUGCAGAAUAACUAUUAAAGAAAAGUCUAAGGUAACUUUAUUAAUCGCAUUUCCUCAAAACUCAGCUGGAAUCUGUUAUACGAAUAUUAAAUUGGAAGUGAAACACAGCAAUAUAAAAUUUUAAUUUCAAAAUUUAGCCUCAGCUUAACAUAGAUUUUUUUUUUUUUUCCCUUCUGAAGAAGGACCUGUGUCUGAUUGUCAUCAAAAUGACUAUUCGGAAUCUACACCAAAUUAAAGUUGCUAUUUUGUCUAAUCUUUAUAAAGUAUUCCUCAUUCUAAUGGGCACAAAUACUACAAAAAUAUCUAUUUUAUGAUCCAUUUCACUAAAAUUCUUGUAAUGUCAUUCAUUUGUAACUCUACAUUGUAGCAUAUAAUAUUUGAUAUUAUGUUUAUGGUUUGAAAUUAUUCUAUAAAUACUGUUUUGCAUACUUUUAAAAUACUCUUUAUUAGUACAUUAAUGUGUAGCAAAAAUAAGCAUUUAUUUAAUUGUUAUAUUAAGGGGAAAUGUUAUAUUUAUGUAAUAAACAAAGCAUUUUAUAUUUUCAACUUUAUUUAUUAACCAUUUUUAUAGCACUUAGUUAAAAUUGAGAGAUUUUAUGUAGUUAGUGUUCAUCUGUGUAAAAUAUAUUGCACUUACCUGUAAAUUAGAUAUUUUUUAACUAGUCAGACUAUUUUCCUAAUUUGUUGUAAUUCAUGUAUAAAUUAUUUGAAAUUUUAAACAAAUUGCAAACUACUAAAUGUAUUUUAUAAUUUAUAUAAACUUCUAAUAGAUUUACGUUCUUUAAAUAUCUUUCUUUUUCAUUAAUUGCAAACUUUGUCAUUAAUGUUUCAAAAUAGCAAAGUAAAAUUGUUAUAUUUAUAUUCCUUCUUUUUUACUGAUUUUCAGUUUGUUAAAAAAAAGAAAACAAAUUAUUUUUCUAGUAUUUCAAAUUAUCAAAAGUUUUGCUAAAGCACUUAAUUUGCACUUCCGCUUCAGAAUAUUUUUUACAUAAAUACUUUUGAAUACAAAUUUUCAGUAAAUACUCUUUUUUAAAUUCAAAUGCUUUUCCAAACUUGUAUUCAAUUUAAAAACUAAAAAUAAAGUAAUACAAAAUAAUACUCAUUUGAUUGAAAUUUUAAAAAUAUUCCAUAUUUAUGGAUUCCAUAGUAGUAAUGGAAUAUUCCAUAGUACUAAUGGAAUGUGAACUCAAAUGUGUUUGUUAACAUUUUCUUUAAGUUUUUUUGUGCAUUCGUGUCUUUUAAAACUUUAAACAAGGGGUAUCAAACUGAUGGCCUCCAAAGCAAUUUUAUAUAGCCCACAAAUUUAUUUCAGUUAUGUGUUUGUCUCAAAAUGAUGUUACAAAGAUUUCGAAAUUUAAUAAUUUGAAAUUCGAGUUUAUAUUAUUUUCAUUUACAUUAAAAAUGAGCAUGAGCAGUGUACCAGAAAAUCAAUGAAAGUAGUUAAUUAAUUUACGAUGUGAUAUAAAUCUUAUUCAAAGAUUUCAAGAUACAGAUUUCAUUAACUUUUAUUCCUAUUUGUCAAAAAAUAAAUAAACUCAGUUAUGAAAUUUU